GCCAUUAUAUAUAAGCAUGGAGUGGAAUGAGGAGCCACAAUUUGUAUCCGUUCGCCAAACACAACAAACCACCAAAACAUCAACAUGCUGACCUUUGAGGAAAUCGUUGAGAAGGCAAAGAACUUCAAGCAGACCGUCACCAAGGAAGAUUUCCUGGAAUUCUACGGUUAUUACAAGCAGGCCACCGUCGGCGAUUGCAACAUCGAUGAGCCCGAGGAUGAGGAGCAGAAGGCCCGCUAUCUUGCCUGGAAGAGCAAGGCUGGUCUUACCCUCGAGGAUGCCAAGAACCAUUACAUCGAGGUCUACAAGAAGUAUGCCGCCAAAUACGAGUAAUCUGUGCCCUUCGUGAAAUUUUGCAGUAGCCAAUAAUCUUAACCUUGUCACAAUAAUAUUUCUGUCGUAGUUGCCGUUGUUACAAAAUGUAUUUAUUGUAUUUUUAUACUAUGGUUUAAUAAACCCAUAAGCAUUUAAACAAAGAA